AUGAGCUCGCCUCAGAAGAAGACCGACGCUGCAGCAGAGGGGAAGUCCUCCGCUGGGAUAGAGAUUCUCUCUAUCCCCGUGUACCGCGAGCGUCUCAAAGCAAAGCGUGACGCUCUUGCUACCAAGGCUGCGGCGGGGACAACUCAACCAGAGAUUGUCCUUGAAGGUUCUUCUGUAGUCAACGACGCCGUUGACUACGAAGACGAUGACGUGAAGAUGGAAGAGGGCGAGGCCUCUUCUAGCAAGCGCAAUGAGUCUAUCGACGGCGAUAGUCUCGACCCGCAAGCCGGGUCGAGACGCCCUCGUGAAGGAGACGACUCGGACGCUUCGAGCUCGAAGCGUUCGCGCGGCGAGAGCGACACUCCGCUCUCUGCUGCUGGGGCUUUAAGCUCCCCGCGUGAGGUGGCAGAUCACAGCAACACUGUGCCUCCAAAUGAAAUCCCGCUGUACGUAUGCAGCGGUAUCCACGACGAUGCUGUUGCGGAGGAGCAGCACUUUGAUCCGUUAACGAAUCAAAGGUGCGACUACUGCAUCGGGCUCUUCCACGAGCUCCGGUACUUAUCCAGCAAGAAGACCUCUUCUCGCAGCAAAGUGCCUGAGUGGCAGGCACUUUGUCAAAGUUGGAAUGCUUUUGUUGAGAACUUCAACAAGAAACCGGCUGCUUACCGCGAGCGGGUUAAGCAUGCCCGUGAGCGCUUCGAGACAUUCUCGACGCGCGGGAGGUUGGCGCAGCUCCACAGAUCCUCUGUGGACGCUGGUAUUCCAUGCGCUGUGCUCGAAGGCCAUCAGUGCACGUUGUGUCUUCCGGGUGCGGUGCGCUUCAGCGACCGCGACCUAAACGGGUACACGACGAUUCGUGUACCUGAGAGUCUCAAGGAUCUCCGUGCCAAGUUCUUGGCACGCGAGGAACGCGACGAUCGUGGGACCUCGGGCGCUGUAGGUGACGACAGCGCUCGCACUACCUUCGCGUCGGCAGUGCGUGGUGAGCUUCGUACGCCCUCACCAUUUCCGGAACGUCCUGCAGCAGGACGUCCCGCGGCUCCCAUGUAUCUUGGUGGGGCGGAAACCCUCUCCAACGAAUACGAUAACGAACCGGUUGCCGGUUCGUUUUCGGGAUACUAUGGUCCACAAUACGCUCAACAAUCCAGCGUGUUGAGCCGCGGGCGUCGCGGAUCGGAGGCGGUGGUGGUGGGAACACGCCCCGGGUAUGAUCAACCUGGGGUUGACCUUGGCCCGGCGCUCGAGGAGCGAGUCGCUGCUGUGGAGCAGCUUCAGAGCCGUGAGUUCGCCGCUCUGAAGCAGGAGGAGGCGAUCCUGAGGGCUCAAGUCGCUCAGGCCUCGCAGACCGCGUCGGACAUCUCUGUCGACGUGGGAGGUCGCGUCGCACGCUUGGCCCAGCGCGUUCACGCGCUGGAGCAGAGGUUUGCUCCCGCUGGGGCAUCCGCUUCGGGCCAGCCGAGCUAG